AUGGUACCUAACUUUUUUCCGACACCUACCCAUCUCCCAAUUGUCUCCUACAUCCUCCCGUCUCCUGUCUCCCGUCUCCCGUCUCCCGUCUCCCGUCUCCCGUCUCCCGUCUCCCGUCUCCCGUCUCCCGUCUCCCGUCUCCCGUCUCCCGUCUCCCGUCUCCCGUCUCCCGUCUCCCGUCUCCCAUCUGCCGUCUCCCGUCUCCCGUCUCAGUUUCCCAGUUUCUCAUUUUCCAGUCCUUCUGUCUCUCAUUCUCCCGUUGUCCCAGUUUCCUGUCCUCCCAUUCUCCAGUUUUUGAGUCCACAUUGUCUUUGUCUCCUUUGA